AUGAUUUCCCUCGUUGCUUUCGACCUGGAUGGUACUCUUGCCCUCAGCAAACAGCCACUGCUGAAUUCGAUGGGAGAAAUGCUCGCCGACCUACUCGCCGUGGCACACGUCGCAGUAAUAUCCGGCGGUGACUGGCCGCAGUUUCAGAAACAAGUCGCCAGCCGUCUUCCUCCACGAGCUGAUCUAUCAAGACUCUGGCUUAUGCCCACGACCGGCACGAAGCUGUAUAAACACGACGGCAGAGAAUGGAAAGUGAUAUAUGCGGAACUCUUUGAUGACGAAACCAAGAAGCUGAUUCUAACUGCUUUCGACCAAGCAUUAGAAGCAACGGGGUUCAAACCAGAGCAGACUUGGGGCAACCGUAUCGAGGACCGCGGUAGUCAAAUCACCUUCUCAGCACUAGGACAAGAAGCACCCAUCCAUGCUAAGGAGGUCUGGGAUCCUGAUUUUGCAAAACGAAGAGUCAUCCAGGCAGAUUUACGGAAGCGCCUUCCUGAUGUUUCAAUCAACAUGGGGGGUGCAACUUCCAUUGAUAUUACCCAGAAAGGGGUGGACAAGGCCUACGGGCUGAAAAGGCUCAGCGAAGCAAGCACCAUCCCUCUUGAUCAGAUGAUGUUUAUUGGUGAUGCCAUUUUCCCAGGAGGGAAUGACUAUCCCGCUAAGCAGCUUGGCUUGAAGACCGUUUGCGUCAAGGACCCAAAUGGUACCCUUGCUGCCAUCGCUGCAGUGAUUGCCUGCUUAUCUUAG